AUGGCGAGACCCACCACCUCCGGCAGACAAUCGACCGCUUCCCCCUCCACCGCGCCGGUCGCGGCUACCGCAACCACCACCGUCACCCUCGAGACGGCGCCGUCCAGCCAGCAGCAGGCGCAGAUCACGGAUUCCCUGGUGCUGAAAUUGAGGCUCCCAAAGAAGAAGGUCUCGUGGAAGGAAGGCACCGUGGACAACGAGUUCAUGAACAAGAAGAGCUCGAAGAAAUGCUGCAUCUUUCACAAGGAGAAGCCGUUCGACGAGGACGACUCUGAUGCUGAUGAGGGAGAUUGCGAUCACGGUCACGGUCAUGGUGGAAAAGAUGUUGAUUGUGCUGAAGAUAAACAACAUCAUGGAGGUGGUGAUUGA